AUGACACUUUUGAAGGGAUGUGUAGUCUCUAAGAUAUUGAUUUGGCAAAAUGGGAUGAACAGAAAUUCUGAAGUAAGUCAAGUAAUUAGUAGUGAUUCAGAAAUUAUACAACACUUAUCUGAGGAGGCAGAAGAUGAAUAUAACCAUUAUAUGGAGCCAAUAAAACAUAUAGAGAGGAUGACUCCUCUUCAUAUCAAAGAUAUAUGUAAUGAAUUUGUGAUGAAUUAUAAUAAUAUCAUGUAUGAAGAGGUGUCUAUCGAGCUUUCACAUGGAAAUUGGAAUGAGUUGGAAGAAGAUAUUAUAGGGAUAGCAUCUGGAAUACUCGAUACAAUGUUAGUAUAA